AUGAAGUUUCUCUACUUGUACUGCUGCUCACUUUUGUUGCCGUGCGUGGCCGAGGUCGAGUUCCUGUUAGCCGUUUGGAGACACGGAGACCGAGCACCAGAAAACCUACCGUAUCCAAACGAUCCGUACAACGAGACGUUCUGGCCCCGCGGAUGGAACCAGCUGACAAACGUUGGUUUUUGAUUUGUGAGAAAAGCAGAGCUCACUUUCACUUUCAACUGCAGGUUGGAAUUGACCAAGCUACGAAACUGGGAAAGUUUCUACGAAGAAGGUACCAAAGUUCAGUUCUACCGGUAUUCGAUAGGAAGAAGGUAGGUGUCAAGGAAAAAGAUCAACCUUGCGCAAAAAAUGACGAAUCUCGAAUCUCGCCCUGCUAUUUUUAGAUAACCAUCCGCGCUUCUGAUGCCGAUCGCGCUAUCGAGACGGCCCAGUGCGUGGCCACCGCCCUCUUCCCGCCGGACGGAGUUCAGUUGUGGAAUGAGGGAAAGUACCGAUUCUGGCAGCCGAUUCCCAUCCGUACUAACGGAAAACCCGAUCCGGUAACUCAAUUUGAACGGGUCCCUUCAUUUUCAAGAUUUCAGAUGCUUCGUCCUAGCAAAAUACAGUGUCCUGUGUACCAGAAGAUUGUGAGCGAUGAGAGAAAGAAAAUAGAAGUGGAUAUCAAUGAAAAGUUAAAAAUUGAGAUGAGCUGUCAUGCAGAAGGAGUUUCAGAUACAAAACCGAGCUGGAUAUUAUUUCGAAUCAUACAGGACACCAGACACGUUACUCCAAUAUCAAAGACGUCUACAACAUUAUCUUGGAGGUCUCUUUUUUCUCCAACUAAACUUAUUUCCUGUUUAGCAUUACAACGGUCUACCUUUUCCUAGUUGGGUGGAAGAAAAAGUGAACAACCGAUCACUUUUGGAUACUAUAACGGAAAUCCGAAGAAUUGCCAGACUGCAACUGUUUGACACAAGAGAGAAAGCCAAAUACAUGUGAGUAUGCAAUACUUGUACAUAAAUCCUUUACCAGCUUCCUUUCACUGUUUUAGGGCUGGCUACAUGAUUAACAGUUGGGCAGAAAGCUUAGUUCUCGCUUCCCAACACAUCAACCCUAAAAAGGCAUUGCUUUACUCUUCGGUGCUCUCAUUUCCCUCCAUUUCUUUAAAAUUUUCAUUUUUAUAGCACGAUGGAACUUUGACGGCUUUGCUUUAUGGUCUCGGAAUCAGCAAUCACCAACUGAUACCUUACACUGCUUGCAUUAUGAUCGAAUUGCACACUGGAAACCACGUGAAGGUACCUUUGAUCUUUUCUUUAUGAAAUCGACUAUAAAGUGUUCAGAUAUUCUUCCGAAACUCUACAUCCGAGGAUCCAGAUGACGUGCAUGAGCUAUUUGUCAACGGAUGUUCCACCGAUUGUCAUCUAUCUAAAUUCAUUGCUUCCUUGACAGGCGUCCGAGUCAAGAGCCUCGAGCAUUUGGAAGAUGUGAGAGGGAAAAAUCAGUCCCCAGGGUGCCUAAUUUCAUCGUUUUUCAGAUCUGCCAAUCAGCCUUCUCCCGUCCAUCAACCUUGAUUUUUGCCGUCAUUGUCAUGCUUCUGAUUCUGUGA